UAAAGCUGGGUAAAGCUACGAGUAAACAGGAAAAAUAGACCGCGUGUAGUCAAAAUUCUGUUACAAGUUUAUGUAGUAAAAGUACGUUUCAGUUUAAAUACUAUCGUAAUUUGCUACGUAUCAUACUGAAUGAAUUACGAAAAUGAGUGAAGCGUCUACGAGAAAACAUAAAAUGAAAACUCAAAAAGGAGCAGUAGAUAAAACAGUUACUAAGAAAAGUAUGUCUACGAAGACAUUGUACGAUCGAAAGUUUACUGCACCCUUAAAAAAGAAACGUAAAAAUGAGUAUAAUCCGAUAGAAGAAGCCAGGUUAGAAAGGAUCGUAUUCGGUGACCCAAGUGACAUUAUAGACAAUUUAUCAAAUGACAAAGAUUUCGUCGAAUCGGAUAAACACGAAAGUAUCGAUAAUGACAUUUCCGUGGAUAGUGAUGGAAAUGAUGAUUUGAAUACACAAAGUGAUGAUGUUUCUAUAGAACGGCGGAAAAAAGCAGUAUGGGUUGACGAGGAUGAUGCUCAAUAUUCAGUACAAGAUGCUACAAGAGCACAAAAUCGGAAAUUACCUGUUGACAUACCAGAAAAAUUAUAUAAAGAUUUUCUACAUAACAAAUAUAAACAAAUUGUUGGUACUCCAAAAUGGGCAGAUCUUAAAAAAGUGGAUAAAGAAUCUGAUGAUUUAGACAAUGAAAUAUUAAAGCAUAGUUGUCAUUUAGAAAAACCUAAAAUGAAAAACUUGCCAAAGAGCAUAAUUGAUAUAAAAGCAUUGACUCCGAUUAAUAAGCAAACACACACAGAAGGACCUGUUGUAUCAAGUGUUGAAUUUCAUCCAUCUUCCACUGUAGCUCUUGUUGCUGGAUCAUCUGGAAUUUUGUCUCUUUUUCAAGUAGAUGGCAUUGAAAAUAAUAAAUUACACACAAUGCAAUAUAAAAAGUUUCCCAUUAGUACAGCAAAAUUUUUCAAAGAUGGUACAGAAGUUUUAGUUGGUUCUCAAUAUUAUCCUCACUGUCAUUCCUAUAAUUUAAUUACUGGAAAAACAUAUAAAAUACCAUUGCCUCAUGGUAUUACUAAUAUGCAGAAAUAUGAAGUAUCUCCAGAUGGAAAAUUAUUAGCCCUGUGUGGACGGUUGGGAGACAUUUUUUUAUUAACAAGUUCAUCUAAAGAACUUGUUGGUACUUUGAAAAUGAAUUCAAAAUGUAAGGCAGUAUGUUUCACUCCAGAUGGUAAAACUCUCAUCACACAUGGUGAUAGCAAUGAAAUGUACAUUUGGGAUGUAAACAGUCGGUCAUGCAUACAUCGCGCUGUAGAUGAUGGAUGUCUGUCUUGUUCAUCUAUUGCAAUGUCUCCAAGCGGCCAAUUUUUGGCGACAGGUAGUAAAGAGGGCGUAGUUAAUUUGUAUGAUACAAAAACAGUAUUGCAAAAUCGACAACCUGCUCCAUUAAAAAUUAUUCUGAAUCUCGUAACAUCAAUUACUAGUUUAAAAUUUAAUUCUUAUUCCGAAAUAUUAGCAAUAGCUUCAGAUAAAAAAUAUAAUGCAUUUAAAAUGGUACAUUUACCAUCAUUUACCGUCUUUUCAAACUUUCCCACAUUUCAAACAGUUAUAUCAAUGCCAGAAGCUAUUGAUUUUUCACCAGGUAGCGGUUAUUUAGGAAUUUCCAACAGAUCGGGUACUGCCUUUUUAUACAGAUUAAAGCAUUAUGGAAAUUAUUAAAAUAUUACCAUAUAAAAUAUGUAACAUUAUUAAAGAACUUUUAAUUAUAAAGUGCUAAAUAAAAUGCUGUAUUUUAUUUGGAAAUAAAA